AUGCAAUACUAUCAACAAAAAACCAACAAUUAUAAUUACAUUAUCGAAAAGAAUCAGUCCAAUUCAGUUAUAAAUAAAUUUCAAGUAGUAAACCCAUAUGAUGAUUAUGAUGACAGAUUAAUACUAUUGGAGACUAAAAGGACCAAAAGUUCAUUACAAAAUAUAUUGUAUGACUUAUUUUUACCAUCAGGAUACCCAGAUUCAGUUACAAGUGAUUAUUUUCGAUAUCAAUUUUGGGACUCGAUUCAAGCGUUAUGCAGUAGUAUAACUGGUACACUGGCAACAAGAGCAAUUUUAAAAGGUUAUGGUGUUGGUAAUAGUAGUGCAACAGUGGCAUCAGCAACAACCCAAUGGGUAAUUCAAAGUGCCACUGGUAUGAUUGGUAGAAUUAUUUUUGCAUGGGCAAAUGGAACUGAUUUAGAUUGCAAUUCAAAAAAGUGGAGAUUCAUGGCUGAUAUUCUAAAUGAUAUUGGUAUGACAUUCGAAAUGAUAAGUCCAUUAUUUAACGAAGCACUUUUUCUUCCAUUAUCAUGUAUUGGUUUGUUUGCAAAAAGUAUUUGUGGUGUCGCAGGUGGUUGUACUAAAGCGUCUUUAACUCAACAUUUCGCAAAGAAUGACAAUUUGGCCGAUGUAUCUGCAAAAGAUGGUUCGCAAGAAACUGCUGUCAGUUUAUUGGGUAUGAUCCUAAGUGUUUUUGUUAGCAGUGUUUUAAAUGACGAUACAUCAAUUCUAGUUACAUGGUUCAUAUUUUUUAUUUUUACUGGUUUUCAUUUGUAUUGCAACUAUAAAGCAGUAUCUGCAGUUCAACUAAACUCAAUCAAUAAAUAUAGGGCACAUUUAAUUUAUGAAUAUUAUAUUAGAAAUCAAGGUUCAAUUCCAAGUCCAAAAGAAAUUUCAAAUUUUGAAAACAUUUUAUUUAAUUCUAAAGAUUUUAAAAUUAGAUUAGGAGUUUCAUUAUGUAAUAUAUAUAAAGAACAACAAAAACAAGAUAUUGUAAAUAAUAAUAAUAAUAAUAAUAAUAAUAAUAGUAAUAUGAAUAAUAAUAAUAAUAAUAUGAAUAAUAAUAAUAAUAAAUCUAAUAAUACGAAUAAAAAUAAUACAAAUAAAAAUAAUAAUACAAAUAGUAAUAUGAAUAAUAAUAAUAACAAUAAUAAUAAUAUAAAUAAUAACAAUAAUGAAUAUUACUAUAGUAAUAAAAUUAAAAAUCAAUUAAAUAGUUAUAACAAAUUUUUAAAAAAUAAAACAAAAUCAAUACAAAAUAAUUUAAAUAUACAGGUUAAUAAUAGAGAUAAUAAUAGUACAGAUAAUAUAAGCAAUUUAAAUAACUUAAAUUUAGAUAACAAUAGCUACAGUAGCAGUUAUGAAAUUAUAAAGAAAAUCAAAAAAUCAAAAUCAUUUAUCAUUUGGAAGAAAUGUUCCCAAAAGGAUAACAAGAUCAAUGAAAAGGAUUUUACUCUUUUAAUAGCUCUCUUAAAUUCCUCAACUACUAGAGAUAUGAUUGAAUCAUAUUUCUACUCUAUUGAAUAUGCUCAUAUAUCAAGCAAUAAUAUUCCUCCUACCGUUUCAAUCAACUCAUCUUUCUUUAAAAGAUUGGAAGAACUUGGUUGGCAGCUAGACAGAAAUCUUUUAAAUAGUGAAGGUUAUACUUUUGGUAUUUAA